AGCAGGUGUCAUGCGCCACAGACAAGCUACUUUACACUUUACGUUGCGGCCGUCUCUGCCAGCCAGUAUGUUGACUCUCAUCGUUUUAUCAAUGAUGCUCCUUGCUGAGCCACGUGUGGUCAGAGGAGAGAGUGACUGCGAUCAGGAUCAGUCUUCUGACAGUAUGGAAACGACCGACCCACCAGAAGAGAUUGAUCCUUCCACUAUGUUGCCGGAUGGACCAGAUGAACCUAUUACCAGCAGUGUUAACGACGAGUUUUCUGAUACCGAAAAGGAGGCUGCAGACAUUAUUGCUCGAUUCGAAGGCUACAGUACAAAAGUCUACUACUUGACAAAAGAUCGGACCGAUCCCACUAUUGGUCGCGGUUUCAACUUCGCCCGUAAUACUGCAAAGAAAGAUUUCAAAGAAGUCCUUCCUGAACGCGACUUUGACUCUGUUAAAGAUGGAAAAGAGGAUUUGACAAAGAACGAAAUCGACAAACUCUUUGCUCACGACAUCAAUGCAAAUACUGUUUGGGUACGGAAUCAAGUGAUUGGUCAAAAGCUAUUCAAUUCCUUUCCUAUCGAAGUUCAAGCAGCUAUAGUAAACGGAUUCUACAGAGGAGACAUUCGUAAAGGCGAUAAAACGGUUGAAUUGAUCAAGAACGAAAAAUGGGAUUGCGUACCUACGGAGUACUUAGAUCAUGAAGGAUACAGAAAAGCCACGAAAAAAAACAUUACUGGGAUUGUGAAUAGGAUGGACUAUAAUGCUGCUGUGUUCAAGAAAUACGCCAUGGAACUAAAGAAGGAACAGAAGAAAGAGAGGAAAGAGAAAGAAGGAAAUGAAUGACGGUUAGCAUGCUGCUGCACGACGCGUGCUUUCUGUUGGAGACGGUUUCGUGCAGUCUAACAAUUCCAUGCAACAAACGAUUGUGCAUGAUAGAAUAUGAAUUGAGCAGUUCAGUUGACUCACGUAAAGAGUAUCGCAAA